UAAAUGCUCCAUUAGUCUAUCGAGAUAUUUCGAGUUGAGUAUGACGUCAGAAAGAUGGAGGGAAAACAAACAGACGACACACUGUUAUAGACCUUUUCAUGCUGAUCGUUUUGUCCUUAUUUAGCGCAUACAAUGACGUAUGAGUUGGGAGAGGACAGAAUGAUCAGCAUGAAUAGGUCUAUUCUAUUAUUAGGGAAAAUAGUAUAUUGUGCAUCUAGGGAGGAAAAUGGUUGAUUUCCGCGAGUGUAGUUUGCAGUUCGAGACGUAGGGAGUGCCCGAGCGAAGACGAGAACUGCAAAUACACGAGUAACUUUCCCUCCCACUUGCCGGGAAAGACAUACUUUUCUCCCCCUUUACAGUGAGUGAUAAAGAAUUUGUGAAUUGUUCGUGUCUUAUUUGGGAUAUACAAGUGAUAUGUGAAAUGUGGAAAUAGUCACUUGCAGUGUAUUUGAUUGUUUUCUUCGUGCGAUUAAAAUUUUCUCAUAAAGUUUUGUUCAGUGUUUUACAUGUAAAACACCUCACUUGAAAAAAUUCUUUAUUAUAUUUCAAGCUUCGACUGAAAAUCAUAAAAUCAGUCACUUUUAUACAAACAUGUUACCAGAUAAGUUGCAAAUACAUGAAGAAUUAUGGGCUGUAUAUUCUUGGUGGACAGCAAUUCUCAUUUUAAAAAUGAUGUAUUUAACUUGGAUUACUGGAAGACUUCGAGUCAACCAUAAGAUAUUCCACAGUGAGGAAGACAAAAUGUGGGCUGAUGGACCCGUAACUUUAUGCGUUUCUGGCGGAGGACAUCCUGCAGUAGAUCAAAUUAGAGACAUACAUCAAAGAGAUCUUAAAAUUCUAAUUCCCUACAUUCUAUUUGCUCCAGUAUGGCUAAUAAUAUCACCUUGCAAUUUGUUAACCCUAGUGAUAAUUCGAAUUAUUCCUUUAUCAAAUAUUUUAUAUACUUUAUUUAAUUUAAAUGUAAGACAUAUUUUUUCUUUGAAUUGUUGUAAAAUAUUAUCGUAUGUUGAAUAUGGUACUUUGUUAAUAAUAUUAGUUUUAUUUUUUGUUAGAUUUUUUGAAUUUUAAGAAAAUAUACCUAAAACAUCAAAAAUCUUAACCAGAAAUAAUUCCAAAUUAGUCGGUAAUCUAUAUAUGUGUAACGAAUUCGGAUUUAGGCAGAUCUAAAAUCUUAAUUGGAAAUCUGUGUGUAAAAAAUCUGGUAUUAGUCCAUAACAAUUAUGAUUUUGUACAUAUAAAUUCCCAAUAUUUCCGGACUCAUUUCAGAUUAGGAUGUUACCCUACUGAAAAUCCCUGUAUAAGAUCUUGUACAAUUUCCUGUACAGGAUCAGCAACUGAACUUGCACAAGUUCUGACCAAUUCCUGUACAGAAAUAUGCAUACGAAUUUGGAACAAGUUCAUGUGUGAGAUCUUGUACAAGAAAGAUACUUGUACAAGAAAAUGUACAUCUAUUGGAAAAACCCACAUAAGAUUCCACAUGGAAACCUACAUUGGAUUUCAUGUGGGAAUCCUCGCAAAAUCUGACAAAAUUUUGUGGUUACUCCGUAAAUGCAAAAAUGUUUAUUUCUACAAAAGUAAAAUGUAAGAUUUUGAAAAAUUUCAAAACUCUAAUUUAUUUUUUCAUUUUAAAUAAAAAAUUUUAUGUGUUAUUUCAUAUUGGAUCCUAUCCCAGGUGGAAAAGUUCCCGGUAGUGACUACCGGUACCGCUACCUGUACAGUCACUACCGGUAGCGAAUACCGGUACUUUUUCCGGAAAUCGCAACCAAAAUUUGUUGUAAUUCCCAGAAAAAUUACCGGUAAUAACUACCGGUAGACUAUACAGGUAGCGGUACCGGUAGUUAUUACCGAUAGUCACUACCGGCCGGGAACUUUUCCACCUGGGAUAUGGUAUUCCAUGCGGAAUUAAUUCUACAUGGAAACCUACAUAGUAACAUAGAUGUUUGCUGAUACGGAGAACUGUUAUUGAUUGAAAAUAAUUGAGUGCCAAGAAAUGUGCAAUAUUAAAUUCAGAUACUAUGAAUUUCAAGAAAGUGUUUUAAACUUGCGUAGAAUAAGCAAUUUAAGAAUAAAGUAUUUAACAGCCGUCAGACCUAUUUCCUUUCUUCUAUAAAUCGAUUGCCCACGCAGUUCGAUGUCUUACAGUCAGGAUACUGUAAAUUUAUUUGUAUGAUUUGUACAUAAGGUUUUGUUAGUUUCCUGCAAUUAUUUAAAAAAGUAAAAUUUUCAUCGCCUACAUUUCGUACAAAAUGCAUGCCUUUGUUUUUUAGACUGUUCACUGUAAACUAUACCUUACCAAAAUAAAGUUAAUAAAAAGUUUAAAAAAAUUAAA